CUAGAGCGGCGGACCAGACGGGUUUGGACGGCAGGCUGCUGCACCAGCCAGGAGCAGACAGACAGCAAUUUCCACAGAGGUAUGGUGCAAAAAUUGCAGAGCAAUCGGGCGUGAGAGAAAACACAAGCAAAUAGAGAAGCAUUCACUCAUCAGAGAAUUUUCAAUCAGUGAAAAUACCCCCAAGCUUGCUAGUUGAAUCAGAGCUUGUUGAAGGGAAUGAAAGAAAUCAGCUGGGUGUUUGCCGGAAGUGACAGUGCAUUGCACAACGUGUUCCCUCCUGAAGAAGCACCUAAAGAUUAGAAAAAUCUUAAAACUAGACAAUCAGGACUUCUCAAAGGAGGGAAAUAACACGACAAGAGCCAAACUGUUCUUGGAAACCUAGAAAUCUCUUUAAAGAGGAGAGACUGUGGCCAGUGUGAAAAUGGAGACGGUUUCCCAAGAUUCACAAAUGGAAUGCCAAAUUUGUUUUAAUUACUACAGCCCACAUCGCCGCCCUAAGCAAUUGGACUGCAAGCACACUUGCUGCUCUGUCUGCCUUCAGCAGAUGAGGAGCAGUCAAAAGGAGCUGAUGUGCCCCUGGUGUCGCAGUGUCACCAAGCUGUCCUCCAGUCUGUCUGUAUCCCAGCUGCCUGAUGACCCAGAAAUCAUCACCAUCAUCAGCAUCCCACACACUUCAGAGCGGACCCCGGUGUUUAUCAGGCUCCCGACCAGUGGCUGCUACAUGGUCCCUCUGACUGUCACAAAGGAGAAUGCCCUGUUGCCAGGAGAAGGUGGUUGCCGACUGUUGCCGGGGAAUCAGCGGAAGACUGUAACUGCCGUGCUCAUCCCCGGGGAUCAGCAACAACAGCAGCAACAGAUGCCCCAACGGCACCAGAUGCCACAUGGACCCAGGGAAGACGAGGAAGAGGACGAAGGCCAGGAUGGUGUGAAAACGUCCACUUGCUCGGGUGUUUGCACUGUGCUCCUCGUGGCGUGUGUGCUCCUUUUCCUACUUGGCAUUGUCCUCCAUAACAUGUCGUGCAUUUCAAAGCGAUUCACCGCCAUCUCCUGUGGCUGAAACCUCCUGUCGAGCAGUGAAAGGCUUCAAUAUUUACCCACGUGCAGGACACUGACCAAUGGCUGAACUGAAGAACGCGCAGCAUUUAGUCUCAAAAAAAUCAUGGACUACAGACCGAUUCUGAGGAAGUUGAAUAAAAGCAUAAAGCCGCAAGAAUGAUUCAUUUGGGAAGUGAUUUGCACCUAAGGUGUAAUCUGAUCAUUCAGCCGCCAAGUGUACUUUGUUGUGGAUUUUUAUAGGGUUUUGCCUCUGAAGUUAGAAAGUGCACAAUUAAUAGAAAGUAAUUUCUUUUACAUGAUGAUGUAUUUCUAAACCGCUAUUAACUAUAGCCUUCCUUUUGAGGGGAAAUGCAAUAAAGUAUUCACAGUGUAACUUGAAUCCAUCAGCUGUUGAUUUUGGCAUAGACAUCAGUUUAUGCAGCAAAACCUGGACUAUCCUGUCAAAACUUGGACUUUAAAUCUUUGUAAUACAUUGAGUUGUAGCAAUCUCUUGCAGAGGUAAAGCUCACGUUUUGUCACCAGAAUCUGGGAUUGGAUUUAACACAAAUGCAAUCAACUGAAAACACAAUCAUUUUAUUUAAAUAAAUUAGUCAUUACUUUUCAUUUUCAAAUUUGUAAACAGAUUGUUGGAAUUGAGCUUAAUCUAGUUUAUAAUUUUUCUUUGGAUUUGUACAUACAAGUGUAACAUUUUUUUAAAGUCUUGUACUAAUCACAGUGAUAUAUAAUCAUAACGAAUUACACGAAUUAGACAAUUUUGGUCAGUUCUUUGAGAGUUUGCGAUAUUUUAGAUGUCUGCAAUGGUAGAUUGGGUUGUGGUUAUCCUUUUUAGCUAGUACAAAGCAGAACUGUAAUGAUGAAUUAUUUUAGUUCAUAAUUGAAUAUGUGAUUGUUCAUCUAUUUAGAAGACAUAUUUGUUAUGACCAAUUGGACAUCAUUUUAGAUAGAGAUGAAUUUCAAGUUGUGAAUUAACAUAGAAGCAAAGUCGAAUAUUUUAAUCUAUCGAACAUACUAUGUGUCGAAAGCUGAUAUAGGUUUUAUAUAUCUGGGGCUUUCAAGCUGUUUAGGGUUUUGUAUGAAUCAGUCAGACUUACUAAAAUUACUUGUCUCUGAAUGCAUAACAUUCUAAAGUAAGAAAAAAAGCAUUAAUUCAUUUGUCUUUAAAGAUGUACUUUAGUGCCCUGUGGUUCAGUGCUAGCUGUUGGAAAGGGCUGAAUAGUGUUGUUGAAAGUGAUUGCAGAUGGUGACAAGGAAUAUCACAAAAACAAAUGUUUGGUGAUGCAGUUAAUAUAGAAAGAGAAGAAUGAUCCCUUAUGACUUGAGAUGACAUGACACGAAAAUGAAAUGAGAUAUGGAUGGAGCUGGGUUGCAACAUUAAGGAUGCCUUGUCAUGCUGUAUUCAGAUUGUGGUUACAGUUUGUUUGUGCACUCUGUUUUAAUUUAGAUCUUGCCAUUUUUCUUGACGAGAAGUUAACAUUCUUAUUGAUCCAAAAUGUUAUCGUUCUCUCCCUACAGUUUUGUAAAUAGAAAUUUGGGACAGGUUUGUGGUGUAAAAUACAGAAGUUUCUCUCAAAAUUAUUUUACCAAUUGGAUCUAUUGAACCAUUGUUCAUUUAAUAUUUUCCUUGUUACUGUGCUGCACAGUCGUAAUACCCUACUGGGUAACUAUACAUCGGGAUUUAAUUAGGUCUGUGCUAGUUCAGUGGAUGCGAAUGGUAGCAAAUCAGCUUUCUUACAAGGUAAACAAAAGUGGUUGAUAGACCGGUAUUAUGCCUCAGCUAAUAUUCCACAAUCACUGCUGCCUGCACAUGUUAUGAAAUGGUUUUAACCUUUUUCACAGGGUUAUUUGUUUUGCAAAUAUGUCAUUGUGAUUAAGCACACUGAGGUGUAUGAAUUGCCAAUGUGUGCACAUACCUGUGGUAACCUGCCAAAAGUUGAAUUUUUUUUAUAAGAGGUGAAACUUGUUGCUGACAGCUGUAUUGUCUUUGUGCUCUUGUAGAAGAACAGACAUGCGUGGAGUUGCAAUAGGGCAUUUAUUUUCCCCUUUCUGACCCAUUUUUUGUGAAGCAGUGUUCCAAACCUGCCUCUUAUUUGUAGAAUGUUCAUUUUUGUUUAACGAUUGUAAGGAGUGCAUUGAUCAUUAAUAGACCACUGUACUGUGACUCUGUUGUCUUAACAACAUUACUCGAGAGUUUAUAAUAAACUUCUUCAAUUGA